GUAGAAUGCGAGGUUUCGUUUCAAGAAAAGAGGAAACACCGUUGACGAAGUUAGAAGAUUAAUUUGACCUGAUGUAUUGAAAUUGAGAUUCACUCACGAGAAUCUGAGGUUAGAAUGUCGUUGAAAACAAGCAGCAACUCAGCCUUCACGCCGAUAGCAGUGAGUGCUGUCGGCAGUCAGAGCGAAGCAGACGAUACCGCUCGAGUGCAGACGGCACAAGGCGACGUCGACACAACUAGCAACAUGCACGGUUUAGAUUUGGAAGUUAGUGUGACUCCUGACUCUCUAAAGACACCCAGUACCCCUAGUGAUUCCAAAACGACAACAGACGGAAAGGAUUCGAGAAAAGACGAGCAAAAAUGUGUUCCUGUCAAAUCGACCCGAUGUUCCUUCUCCGUUGACGAUAUUCUCGCUAAACCCGAGCGACGACCCGCGAGCCCAGAGCAAAGCAAUUCCACCCUAGGUAGCCGCUCUCCCCCUUCCAGCCCCCCAGACUCACCCUCAGCCACAGGGGUGGAGGGCAGAUGGCCACCCGUCAGUCCUGUCACGUCAUCGUUUCCAUCUUGGUACUAUGCUUCAAGAUUUCAACAUGCAAAUGGUAUAGGAGAACGACAGCCAAUAAGUCCUAAAACAUGCCUCCGUAAGCACAAACCAAACAGAAAGCCAAGAACCCCGUUUACGACCACACAACUGAUGUCGCUUGAGCGGAAGUUCCGGGAAAAACAGUACCUCUCCAUAGCGGAAAGAGCCGAGUUUUCAGCGUCCCUAAAUCUGACAGAAACACAAGUGAAAAUCUGGUUCCAAAAUCGACGUGCAAAAGCAAAACGACUUCAAGAAGCCGAAUUAGAAAAGCUUCGAAUGGCCUCUAGACCAAUGCUUCCGCCAUUGUUUGGUGUGUCGCUUCCGUCGGCAGCUGCGGCUGCGCUGUACAAUGGUCACGUGUCACGUGCACCUCUAUUUUCCUCUUCCAUGAUGUCUCCGUUAGCAGUGUACACGAGUCUACAGUCAGGGGUGCCUCACCUCCACUGACAUUAGCCGUCAUAGCAGUUUCUGUUGUGCAAUAUUGAACAUGGUGGUGCAUUAACUGUGAUAUCUUGACUCAAAGCUAUAUUCUCAAACGUAAGAUGAAAUAUACUGUUUUGAUUAGAAUGAACUCCCCAUAGACCCUGUCGCAAGUCUGCUUGCAAUCUUAAAAUGAUGACCAUAGAACGACAGUUCGUCGUCAAGUCAAGACUUCAAAGACUGCAAAUGAAUGAAAUCUUCAGUUUGAGGCGAUACAUUUCCGUCUUGAUAAUGACCGAAAAAUAGGUUCAGUUAGCUACCUAUAAACACUGACAGCUCGAUUUGUGGUCGUCAUGAAAUGAUUACAUCAUCAAAGAAGCACGUUUCUCCCGAGGGGCCAGUGUCCAUUCGCCCCAGACGACCAGCUAAUGAUCUGACGUCACAGAGAGCAGACGAUGAUCCAACGUCAUGGCCGCCAUUGUUCGAAAAUCAAGAUGGCGGGAUUGUUUGGCGACCCGUGAAAAUACAAUGCCCUUGCAGGUUUCUCGGGGACAGAUGCACAGCGACACUUCCUCAUCAAGGUGACGCAGAUUGUGGAUGUCUGCAGCCAAAUACUUCACUGUUGUAUAAUAUAUCCUAAAUUAAAAUUAUUUAUUUUCGUAGA